CUCUAGCAGCAAUUAUGUAGAUAUUAAACUUGUUCAAUUGUAAUAUGUAUUAUUACAAUCAGACUAUUAAAUGCGGCUUUUGUGAAUAAAUAAUAACGAUACAAAGUGCUAAGACACAUUAGAGAAGAGAAUAUUUUCAGAGUUAACCAUGUCCGUUCUGGGAGAAACGACUCAGAUUAAAAAAAAAUGGCGCAGUUCAAUAGCGAUAACUGAAAAAGUACUUGUUAUCACCGAAAUUUGGCCCAAUGAUGACACUAGCCUAUAUCGGACAAUGAAAGUCGUGUUCAUCACCAUUGUCUGCAUUGUUUUCAAUCUUACCGUCAUCGAUGAACUGAAGAUGUUAGCAAUUAGGCAGGACUAUAAGACGCUUUCCAUGCAUUUAUCCACUUUUGGUCUGUACAUUGGCUUCAGCGUAAAGAUUAUCUUGUUUCAAUUCACAAAGCACGGCCCUCUAAAGAAUAUGCUCGAUAGUAUGGAUAGUCCCAUUUUCCACGCUUAUCCUCCGGAAAUGCAAAAACACCAGGACAACUGCAUCAGGGUUUCUAAUUUAAUUGGCAAGUUUUUUGUCUAUUUAGUCGGAGGUACCAUCUUGUUCUACCUGAACAAGCCGUUCUAUUCUUCAUAUCCGCUACCGAUUACUUUCUCCCAUCCCCUCACCACUACAACUUUUUACUUGCUGUUGACUUUGCAAUGCGUUUGCUCCUUCUACUUGAUCAUGAUUGGUAUUUGCUUUGAUAUGCUUGUAAUGGGACUGGCCAAUGUAGCCACUGCUCAGCUCGACAUGCUCAUUGAAGAAAUCACCACUUUUACCCCGACAAGUAUUGAGACCUUAGAAAAGGAGGAGCAUCGCUUCAUUAAAAGAUGUGCUGAGAGACACAAUGCAAUUAUAAGUUAUGUAAAUUCCAUAGAAGAUGUUUUCACGUACAUAUUCCUAGCUCAGUGCGUGGUGAGUGUCACGUGCAUUUGCAAUGGCUUGUUCCAACUGACGCAUGUCGCACCAGUUUUUUCAAUCCAUUUCUACUACAAUUGUAUUUUCACAUUCAAUGUUCUAUUUGAAAUUGGAAUCUGUUGUUGGUUUGCAACUCUUAUGACGAAUAAAGGGAACGAUGUGGCUGAUGCUUGUUACAACUACAAUUGGCUGCAUUCCUCUAGUGCUACCAGAAAACUAUUACUGAUUAUGCUUUGUCGCAGUCAAAAGCCUUUGUUUAUUACCGUUGGGAAGAUUAUUCAGUUGUCAAUUGGAUCGUUUUUGUCGGUAUUGAAAACGGCCUACUCCUACUACGCUCUAAUGCAACAUCUGUACGACAAGACAAGCCAAUAGGAUCCACAUCGAAACUUGGCAAUCGUCUAAGUUAAUCACUUAAAGUAGAAAUUCACGACUUCUGUCUAAUAACUGGCAAUAUAAAAACAUAGUAGAGUUGACAAAG